AUGGAGCACGCGCAGCUCACAGAGGAGGAGCUUCAGCAAAGUGCUGCGCUAUCGGAGGACGAAGAAUCCCUGGGCAAAGCCCACACUAAGAGGCGGCGCAUGCGUGAUACAACCGAAGGAUCUACUGAUGACGAUAUCGAGAUGACCAACGCCGACGAGGAGGCGCAUAACCGUCCAGCAUCUGAAGAUGAUGCUAGCGACGACGCCGAGGGCGAAGAUGAGGAUGUUGACGCGGACGGAGAGGCUGACGAGGAUUAUGACUUAAUGAACGGCGCUAUUGCGAAUACCACCGAGGUUCCUGACGAUGAAGAUGCCGAGGGAGAGGAGGACGACGAGGAGGGUGUUGGCGCGGUAAAAGUGAAGCCGGGCGAGACAGAUGACGAGGAAGAAGACUCCGCGAGCGACGCAUCCGAAUCUCAGACUGCUGAUGGCGAGUCAGAUGGUGAUGCAGCGUGGGAAGAAGAUGAUGAAGUCGCCGGGAACGAAGAUGAGGACGAUGAGGAGUCUGCCAGCGAGGCGGCAAAUGCCUGCAUCUUCUGUAGGAAGGACCCCGAGACUGAUGCAAACGGCGAGCCCGUCGUACAACUCACCUGCACCUCCUGCGGCGAAACCGCACACCAGCAUUGCGCCCGGGAUGCGCGCGCCACGACUUCUAAGACCUCCGCGACCAACUGGAAAUGCCCUGAAUGCGCAGAUGAUGAGGAAGAUGACGAACUUUUGUCCAACGCUAGUGAUGGCUCGGCUGGGGUGGAAACUGACCGUAAAUCCUCUGCAUCCAACCUCGAAAUAGUUGCCUCUGCUUCGGCUAUCCACAGACGAGAUGGCCAAUCAGCAUCUGGUGGUAGUAGAGAAGUUUCUGAAGGUGAUGCCUCAGAAGGUCCCCGUCAUCUUCGUAAACGGAAAACAUCACCUGUGGAUUCGGGCGAAGAUGGAGUUAUGAAUUUGCGGAAACGCAGGCGCCACCCCUCAGAUGAUGAUCGUCAGCAGUCGCAAGAGGGAACAUCAGGGGAUGAUCCAUCGGGCCGCCCUUCCCGAACACUAAGGCUCAGGAUCGCACGACAAAAGCCUGUGACAAUAUCGAAGCCAUCUUCCUCCUCCAUCUUGGUAAACAUGCGAGUCAAUAGCGACGCGCUCCGCACGGCACUCUCCCAACGCUAUCUACCAGACCGCAAACGAUCUAACCGAGUGGUCACACCGAGACCUUCAAGGACCAACGGCUCAAGAGCAACGCGGGAAUGGAGCCCUGGACCCCUAAUCGCGCCGUUCGUGUCAACCACUUAUUCACAACCAUUUUAUUCAUUCUUUGAUAAGGAGUCGGAUGAGGUUAAAGGAAAGCCGUAUGGCGGAAUCCUCAGUGAAUCCGAGGCGGAUACGUCGAAGACGAUGCCCGACACCGGGGACAGGCGGCGCUUCGACGAAGCGAAGCAACGAGCGGAAGCUGAGUGGAAAGCACGUAUCAUUGCCAUGCAAGAAGAGAUACAGAUGCCUGUCAAGAAGCCGAAGAAACCGGCUGGUCCUGCCAGCCAAAUCGAGUGUAUCGAAUUCGGCGGAUGGGAGAUUGACACAUGGUAUGCUGCGCCCUACCCAGAAGAAUACAGCAGGAACCGCGUGCUGUAUAUUUGCGAGUUCUGCCUGAAGUACAUGAACUCGGACUACGUCGCCUGGAGGCACAAACUGAAAUGCCCUUCGAAACAUCCACCGGGAGAUGAAAUCUACCGCGACAAUUCAGUCUCAGUCUUCGAGGUUGAUGGGAGAAAGAACCCGGUAUACUGUCAGAACCUCUGUCUUCUGGCCAAGCUAUUUCUGGGAUCUAAAACUCUAUACUAUGACGUAGAACCCUUUCUGUUCUACGUCCUCUGUGAAUACGAUGAGCUCGGGUACCAUUUUGUUGGCUACUUCUCGAAAGAGAAGCGGUCGAGCAGUCAAAACAACGUCAGCUGUAUCCUAACAUUACCAAUUCACCAGCGGAAAGGCUACGGAAACCUUCUCAUUGACUUUUCUUACCUCCUUACAAGAGCGGAGCGGCGGACGGGUUCACCCGAGAAGCCACUCUCGGAUAUGGGUCUUGUCUCCUACCGCAACUACUGGCGCUUGAUAAUGUGCAAGUACCUUCUGGAGCAAGCGGAGAAUGGGGACAAGGCCAAGAAGCAAGGGCUCAGCAUACGGAAGAUAUCAGAGGACACCGGCAUGACGGCAGACGACGUGAUAUCUGCGCUCGAGGGUCUCAGAUGUCUCGUCCGGGACCCCCAGACCAAGCUCUACGCAUUUAGGGUCGAUCUCAGCUUCUGCAAAGAGUAUGUGGCCAAGUGGGAAUCCAAGAACUACGUUAAGCUUAACCCGAAUGCGUUGACUUGGACGCCCUACGUCAUGGGUCGCAGCAGCGCGAUGAACUUUGAGCUCGGACCCGCGAUCAAUGCAAUUGCGCCUCGUGAGGAGGACGAUAAUGUUGAGCCUCCCAGUCUCGAGGCGCUGCCUGACGCCGCCACUAAUACCGAGCUUCCCAACGGUCACGUCAACAAUGACUCUCAAAAGCCCAGACCGGAGAAUGGCCUCGUCAAUGGAACUACUGCUGAGGACAAAGAGAAUAACCAAACGGAUGGUGCUGAGCGCAAGGAGGGUGAUUGCGAGGCGCAGAAAGCUGAAGGCGAUCCUCCCAAGGAAGAAGCAUGGAGGGCGCCGUACAAAGGUAUACCACCUACGCGGUUCGAGAUUUUCCCUCCUGUUGUCGGCGCCCGUCGUGUGGAAGCCAAGCCUCGGCCGAGUAUCGUACGGACACCUACCGUGCCAGUGGCGGUUAGCACACCUAAGCCGCGUGUUUCGACUGGUGGCGGCAGCGUUGCCAGCAGCAACAAGCGGCGGGUUAGCACGGCACGACCUAAGUCUAAGAGCAGCACGUCUCGUCGUAAGCCUGGCGGAACGGGCCGUGGUCCCGGUCGAUGGCCCAAGGGAACGAAGAAGAGCGACUACGGUAAUGCCGACAGUGGUCCGGGUCUUCCUCCUGCUUGGAUCGAGCGGCAGCGGCUGGCAGAGCUCGCGGAGAAGAAAAAGCGGGAAGGCAAGUCUACGACGUCGUCCAACGACGAUUCCAAGGAGAUGAAGGAUGUCGUCCGCGUGCAGGUUGAUGAACGAAAGUCGGAGGCCAAUCAAGAUUCCGUGAUUGUCAAGGCACCUGGAGGCGGCGAUAAUGGAGAGGCGAGAGGAGCGUCAGUGGAGAAUACAGGCGAUGGCAUAGUAGUUGAUGGCGGUGGUGACGAUGGAGAGAUGGAUGCAGAGGGAGAGGAUGAAUGA